CAGGCUACUGUAUAAAACAAUAACAAUUCAUGAUAGAAAGCUGGAAAAAAUUAUCGAAAAAAACCACAGUUUACACUUUACUGAAGAAAAAAGUCAAACAUUGCGUGUUUCAUUGAGUGUUAUAAAAAAGAACUUAUGAAACACGAGUGUUAUGAAUGGAUUGAUGAGCAAAUGUCGCUAGCAACUGAUAGAAAAUGAGCGAUGCUGCGAAGAAUCGAGUAAUCGAAUUAGGUGCUCAAUUCAAAAGUGUCGAAAAAUCUGAAGGUCGAGGAAAGAAAUCCUUUGGAAACGCAACACAAAUAAAUUACCAGGAAGAUCACUCUCGAACGCUCGAAGCGGAACUGUUUCUUGAAUUAAAUUUUUAUUUACCCAAGUUUUUGUGUACUAACUAUAUAAAAGCUGUGCAUAGUAAAAGCAGUCAAGACACCCAAAGCAGUUUAUCAGGCUCUGGAUUAUCUACUCUAUCAGGAAGUCCUGUGUUGAGUCAUCAAGAGAAGAUGAAAAGCAAGACACGAUCAUUUGAUGAUUAUGCAAGUAAGACACAUGAUGCAUGGUGCGAAGAUGAUGAAGAUAUUGAGAAAGUAGGAGAACCUGUUGGCUCGGUAAUCAUUCACGAACCAUCAGUGAAGGUUAUUCGAAGUGCAGACAUUAAAACCAGUAUUUUGUCCAGGAUUAAGAAAAAACAUAAUCACGGCAAUAAUGAAAAACUAUCAAAUACCUUAUCGUCUACUCCCAAUGAAGAAUACACAGUACAUCCAAAGCUCCUUCCUUUGUCACCUGACACGGAAAUACAACUUGAAAUACAAGAACAGGAAAUGUUAAAGUUGGAAAGAUUUGGCAAACUACUGGCUGGUCCAAAUACAGAUUUAGUAACUCUACGACAGUUCAGUUGGUCAGGUGUACCUUCACAAGUUAGACCCACCACAUGGCAACUUUUAUCAGGUUAUCUUCCAGUCAACAUAGACAGACGACAAAGCGUCUUAGAUAGAAAACGUCAGGAAUAUUAUAACUUACUAAAGCAAUAUUAUGAUACCAGACAUCAAGAUAUUCAUCAAGAUACUUUUCGACAAAUUCAUAUUGAUAUCCCGCGAACGAAUCCUCUCAUACCACUUUUUCAACAAAAAGCAGUUCAAGAGGCGUUUGAACGGAUUUUAUAUAUUUGGGCAAUCCGGCAUCCAGCGAGCGGUUACGUGCAAGGCAUCAACGACUUAGUCACUCCAUUUUUUUUCGUCUUUUUAUCUGCGUUUGCGGAUGGGGAUUUGGAAAUUUAUGAUGUAACUAAGUUAUCCAAGGACGCCCUUAUGACUAUUGAGGCCGAUAGUUUUUGGUGUUUGGGAAAAUUACUAGAUGGUAUUCAGGAUAAUUAUACAUUUGCUCAACCGGGAAUUCAACAAAAAGUUCACUCGUUGAAAGAUUUAAUACAGAGAGUGGAUGUUGCACUUCACGAGCAUUUAGUGAAGCACAAUGUCGAAUAUUUACAAUUCUCGUUUCGUUGGAUGAACAAUUUGUUAAUGCGAGAACUACCUUUGCGCUGUACUAUUAGACUUUGGGACACAUAUUUAUCUGAAUCGGAAGGUUUCGCAAAAUUUCAUUUAUACGUUUGUGCUGCUUUCUUGAUGAAAUAUUCCAAACAAAUUCAAGAGGAAAACGACUUUCAGAGUUUACUCAUCCUCUUACAAAAUCUACCAACGGGAAACUGGGGCUUUAAAGAUGUCGAAUUAUUAGUCGCCGAAGCUUUUAAACUGAAGUGUUUUUUUGCUGAAGCACCGAAACAUCUUCAAUGAGAUAAAACGGACACGAUGUGUCUGUCUUCAUUGUUAGUUAACACUGUCUGACGUUUGUCUAUAAAAUACAAUUGUAGUUUUGUACAAAGAGAAUGAAUGAAAAUUUUUACAUGUGUA